AUGGCGAAUCGACAAAUGACGCGGCGCAUCGGCAUUAGCGCUGUGAUCUCAAUAUGCCUGAUCAUUUUUCUCUUUAUUCGCCCACAAGGGCCACCAAGCCCUGCUGUGAGGGCUCCCGGACACAUCAACCAUGGCGCGACUGCGGCGCCCGGAGUCGUCAUUCAAGAGGAUACGUUAAAAGGGGCUGUGAUCAUGCCGAAGCUGGGCAAUGCGACAGCCAAAGCGGAGCUAGGCCGUGCGACAUGGAAGUAUUUCCAUACCGUCAUGGCGCGAUUCCCCGAGAAGCCCACUGAAGACCAGCAAGAUGCUUUGCGCUCAUACAUUCACCUCUUUGCACGACUAUAUCCUUGUGGCGAAUGUGCGGAACAUUUCCAGCAACACUUGAAAAAGUACCCCCCACAGGUCUCAUCACGUCAGGCUGCAGCUGGGUGGGCAUGUUUCAUUCAUAACGAGGUCAAUGUGAUGCUUGAAAAGCCGGAAUUCGAUUGCACCAACCUGGGCGCAUUCUACGACUGCGGCUGCGCCGAGGAUGAGGGUGCGAACAAGCACGAUGGGAGCGAACACGACAAAAAUAAGGAGGCAGGUGAUUCGGCGACGAGCCGUAGCGACGGCAAGCAGGACCUUGCCGAUGCACACGAUCACCUGGCCGUGGAAAUCUCCAAGGAAGCGUGA